AGUUCUAUUUGUUUUGUACAAUAACGUUCUGAUCCUCCAUCCUAUCUCCCCUUUCGAAAAGGCUUCUAACUUUUCAGAGACAUGAACACGCAAAAGCAAUGAGCAGUCUAACUCUCACAAGAUGCGUGAUACAGGGGUGGGCUUGUUGUUAGGAAUCUAAUAGACCACAAAGAUCACUAAUCGUUAAUUAUUUAUCCUACUGAAACUUGAACGUAUCAUGAAUUAAGAUACAAAGCAUUCGUGUCUAAUUGCAAAAUGCUUAUAAAUGCAGCUGGUAUCACGCAACCACUCGUAAGACUUUCGUUCAGUUAGGCUGACUAAAGGUCGGUGUUUGUACCCGUGAUCAGAGUACCCUCGCAGUCACUGUACUGGUUGAACUGGUAAUACCGGUGAUCAUAAAAUGUAUAUUUCGACAAGAAUGAUCGCGUUGUUGCCGGCGUCAGUAGUUUUUUUUAGGCGACUCGCAAAUUGAAGUCCCUUGACGAAACAUGACUUGGCAGUUUCUAAGGAAAAUGCGACAGCUAUCUCCGUAGUCAUAUCCCAGGUUGCCGGCAACCGAGGUAAAGGGAGAAAUAGAGUGACGGUGCAUCUAAGACGGACUGGGCGAGGCACCUUUGUUCACUCCGGACUUCACUCGGGAAUUUCACAGCGCGUAUAUCCGAAUCAUUAUCCAUCCAUUAUUCCCGCUAUCGAUCGAUGAAGCUAAGACUCGGGAAAAGGACGCACUGAGAUAACUCAAGUUAAAAAGCCAUCUAUAUCAGCAUCAAUGGGGCGCUACACCGGGAAGACGUGCCGCCUGAUUUUCAUGAUCGUUCUCACGGUGGCGUUUUUCUUUGCAGAGAUUAUAGCCGGAUACAUGGGAAACUCUAUAGCGCUGGUGUCGGAUGCGUACAACAUGCUGUCGGACCUUCUGUCGCUCAUCGUGGGUCUCACGACGACCCGCCUGUCACGCCGACCCCCGUCUGGCCGCAGCACCUACGGGCUGCCCAGGGCUGAGGUGGUUGGCGCCUUGGCCAACGCCGUGUUCCUGGCCGCACUUUGCUUCUCCGUUUCACUUCAAGCCAUACAGGGGCUGGCCGAUCCGGACAUAAUCUCCAACCCUAUGCUGGUGCUGAUCGUAGGCGCGCUGGGUCUGCUAGUCAACGUGGUAGGCCUGUUUAUAUUCCAAGACUUCAGCUGCUGUCGCCGUGGGAAGGGGCGGCGAAGACAAGGGAGCCGUAAAGGGGCACCGCAAGAAAGCGAAACGAAAGACGAGGAAAGCCAAGCAGGUGCCCCGGUUCUGCAUGACGGCAUCACCGACCAGAAGGGAGAGGAAAAAAGGAGUCAGCCGCUCAAUAUCCGAGGAGUCCUGCUCCAUGUCCUGAAUGAUGCUCUAGGCUCCGUGGUGGUGGUGGUCACCUCUGCUGUGUUCUACGUUCUGCCGCUGGAGAAGAAUGAGCAGUGCAACUGGCAGUGCUACCUGGACCCCUUGCUCACCUUGCUCAUGGUGGUAAUUAUCAUGACCACUGCCAUGCCCUUGGUGAAGGAGACCACGAGCAUCCUGCUGCAGAUGAGCCCCGCAGAUUUGCCGCUCAGCGCCAUCCGGGAGGACAUCUCCAAGAUCCAUGGGGUUUGGGGAGUCCACGAGAUGCACGUUUGGGAGCUGAUUCAUGGCCGGAACGUGGCCACCCUCCACAUCAAGUGUGCGGACAUGUCCACAUUCCACAUGCUCUCCCGGCAAGUCCGGAAGGUCUUCCACCAGGCCGGGGUACACAGCGUCACCAUCCAGCCUGAGUUUGAGGAGGGGUGUGAGCAAAAGGCUCUCUGUAGCACCCCCUGCCUGUCAGCCACAUGUCAGGAGCAGUCCUGCUGUCAAGCACCCCCCUCGCCCCUAUCUUUUCAGAAUGGCCACUUGCCUGUGCCUUCUGUGGAGGCAUCUGAGGUUCCCCUCCAGGACAUGAUGUAUGAGCUCCCCCCAGUGGCCAAAGAGACACACUACAGCACGAAAUUAUAAAUAUGUGCAGGGAAAACUGGAAAGUGUGUACAAAAAAUGCAUACCUCUUCAUUUAAACUGCUGCAUCGAAAGUGCCUCUUCCCCUUGCAGACUUGUUUUGAACCAAGGACCAAUCACGGUUACUCUAAGUUCUCAUACGUUCCACUCCUUGUCUCCAGGGCACAGACUGUCAAACCCAGUGAACAGCAGAAUACCAAAUUCAGAGCACCUGCCUGGAGGAACCGUUCAGUCAGCGGGCACCGAGUGCCCAAGCAAAGGGAAUCUGAACGGCUCCUUGGCAAACCAAAUCCCCUCUGCCACACCAUUACUGUGCUGUUCAUUCGAACGACCACAUGCACUCGAACCAGGUGCAUGCACUGCCGAUUCCGAUCACCCGCGUGCAACGAUGAUUCAUGUUUUGUCUUUGUGGUGUGUGUAGUUAAUAAUCCUAUCAAGCUAACUGAUUUUAAAACAUAAGACAGUGACGUUAGGGUGUCCUGGCUGUAAAGGUCACCCAAAGAAAGCAGACGUGCAGUGGUACUUCCUGGGCUGCCAAGCACAUGCUGCUAAACAACAGCCAGGUGGACAGACGCCCCAUUUAAAAAGAAGUGAAGUUUUGCCACAAGUGCUUGAAGUAGCUCAGUGACAGAUCUGAGAUAAUUAACUCCCCCCAGGACUGUAUGCAGGGGAAAAUACUCUUAAUCAAAUGUUACAAUUGGUUUGCCACAAGACUUAAGCACUUUGAUUUGAAAUGAAUAAAAUACCUCUAUGAAAA